AGGAGCAGGUAGACUUGACGGUAGUUAGAAUAAAAUAUGCUACGGAGAAAGUCGCGGGACAGCGGCCUAGGAGAGGAAAAUUAUGAGCUCGAGCCAUGACAAGCUCCUCACCUAUUGCUGGAGGUUUCCUUUUGGACGCCUACAUUAGCGGCGGCAGCGCGAACCUGUACGGCCGACCCGGGUUGUGUAUGACUGGUAACGGCGCUUUGGACAGUGCACACUGGCAGCCGUGUGCUCGCAUCCCCCCGACUUCGGACGGUCACAACGCGCGAGCCCUAUCCUCGUCCCUGUCCCCCCACGACGCGCCUUGGCCCGGGAUCACAGGCGGUUACUACGGUACACAGGCCGUGGACUAUACACCCUCGGCGAUUGACCACUACUCCCUAUCCUCUGGCAUCAAGAGAGAAAGCCACUUCCGUGCCAAGAGUGCCAGCGAACGCUUCGGGUGCGGUCAAGACAGUAUGAUGGCACAGUUCUUUCCCAUGGAGAGGAAACUACCACAUCAUUCUGACUACAACUACCUUAGUAGAUAUCAGUACAGCAGCAAUAAUAAAGACUAUCACAAGCUGUCCAACUCCACGCACGGAGGGGGACCAACGGCCCCAUCAGCUGGAAUAUUCGCCGCUACAGAGAAGCACACCGGCGGGCUCGGACAGUGGAGUGCCCCGCCAGGCCCUACGACAGGACCCGUGGGUAACAACAACUUCUCCGGGGCCGAUUCCCACCCAAACACCGCCUGCUCCACGCCCCCUGCCUCGAUACCUAGCAGCACCAACGGAGCAAGCCCUCUGCAAGAUUCCUGCGGAGCAACAAGCUGGAUGGCGCCGAGGGUGGGGCGCAAGAAGCGGUGUCCGUACACCAAGUACCAAAUUCUCGAGCUGGAGAAAGAAUUCCUCUUCAACAUGUACGUCUCGCGAGAGCGGCGCCAGGAGAUCUCGCGCCACGUGAACCUGAGUGACCGGCAGGUCAAAAUCUGGUUCCAGAAUCGGCGGAUGAAAAUGAAGAGAAUGAACAAAGCACGAGAGGAGCAGAUACGGAAUCAGCAGGAGCGGGGGCACCAGGCGGUCGCGCCGGUCUCAGGGUGAACAUGGUCCCGAAGCGGUUGAGCUGGGUCCCCGCUGUUGAACUCACUCCUCCAAGCAGCAGAGAGCAAUCAGACAAAUUUGUUGCUGUUUCCAACCGACCAAUGAAGUCUCUUUGACGUAGUGUCAACGUAGUGUUAGAAGUCCCCUUACGACAGAAAUUUGAACUUUGUACGGUGCCAUGGCGUGUGUAUAAUUGUUAAGUGAUAAAAACGCAGUUAAAUUCCACGAUGCAUACUGUCUAAACGCCCCAAAUAACAUAUACACUCACUUGGGAUACUUAAAUGCGAGAAUACGCACAUAAAAGUUGCAGACGGCUUGCGUUCAUCCAACCGUACGUAUAGCGAGGUGUGUGAAUGGCAUUUAAAACCUUGGCAGGAGUUGGGUAAGGGCGGCGGAGUUUUCCGUCUUGGCCCUUUGGGAGUCGACAGAUCGAUUUGUAAGCAACAAAUCAAAGAGAUUUAACCUCCGGAAAGCGCCAGGAUUAACCCAACAAACCUCGCUCUCCGUGCAGUUUGGCCGUAACUUGUCAUCACUCCAAUGAAUUUUAUGGCGAACCCAGUGUAAUAGAUGCUCUCAAGUUCCCCCCUCCUCACUCCCAGAAUCAAUGCUCAAAAUCUCUAAACCAAACCAAAGGAUGUUCAUCUAUAUAUGAAAGCCAUAUCUUCAUGAAAUCAAACCAAUUGUACAUAAAUGAUAUAAAAAUGUUCAUCAUCUAUGAAUUCAUUUCUCUUCACGUUUAGAUACUUUGUUCUAGCAUCAUUAAACAAGCACCAUAUAUAUAAAUAUAUAUAUUCAUGACAUGUAAAUAUGUAUCCUAUUUCUUAAGAAUAUUUUAAAGUUAUCAAUUUUUGCUAACUUGUUUGUCUAAAACUUUAGGAAAAAAUUGCCGGUUUACCUUUCUUUUACAGCUUUCAAAUGUUUGCACAAACUUGGCUGAUGUGUUUACGAAUUCGCUCGAAGAAAAGAAAAACGACAAAAUGGUCCGUUAACCCAGUGGCUAUUUUACGGCAGUGAAUGCAAAUGGUAUGGCUUUGUCCUUGUACAAGCCUUCGAUGUGUUUCAUUUAUGGGCAAGUAACCCGGUGCUCCUACGGUGUCGGAAUGAUACUGUGGUCACGAGAUACACGGCCCCCUAUAAACUCUAGUUCUUAAAUUGUAACCCCCUGAGAUACACGGAGCGCUAUUCCCUGAAAGAGCAAUCUUAGCCAUAAAGUGGUUCUCGGCAUGUAAUUGUGGUAAUCCAAAAGACCACACAGUCUUUCGUCUCCAUUAGAGAUACUUAGGCUUCUUUCUCACUAUGCAGCACUAAAUCUUGCAAGGACCCAAACCAUCUCAAAAGAGCAAGAAGCAUUACCACUUCGGUGGAGAAAAUUUGUAACAUCAUUUGAAUAAAGCAGACAAAGUACAUUUUCUUUCAAAGACGUGGUGACUCACACGUUUAUGAUACACGCUCGGGUACUUGCCCAUAUAUGGAAACAUCUUAUAGUUAUGGAUAGGGUUAUCACUUAAAAGGCGAAAUGAUGAUGCCCCUUGAAUCGCAAGGGUUAUGUUGUUCUGAACACUUAAGAGUCUAAAAGAAUCAAAUAAUUCGGCCAAUGGUAUUUUCUCGCGUACCGAUGCCACAAAAUAGAACACCAAUUAGAAAGUCAACGGCCCUUCGACCAGUUAUGUACUGUUUGUAUGAAAUGUUUGGAAUCUAUGACAACGAGCUCUGUAAAUUUUCCAAACAUCAUAUGGUCCUGAAAUAUGUCUGGAACAUGGUCAAAUAUCUGAAUUUCGAUGAUUUUGAUGUCAACCAAAUUAGUUAAGGAAUACAUAUUUUUUUCCACACAAAAAUAUCCUUUGAAGAUGAAGCUGUCAGGCCAACCGGAAGAAAGACAAGACGUGUGUGUUUUACGUAAGGGUCAAGGGCUAUGUUGAUUGAGUUCAUGGUCUCUAAAGCUUAGAUCAAAGGCGUGUACCAAGGACAUGUCACCUUGUAACAGGCAUGGACCGAGGACUGGUCAUCUGGCAACAGUUGGCUGAUGUCCUGCUUACUAAAGCAUUACAAAACUUCCAAAAGAAACGAAUGGCACAAGGUCAUGUACUUACCCACAAUAUAAAUGUAGGCCCAUGAGCAUUCCCUGGCUCUCUUUCAACUGCUCUCCACAAAUGUUCAAUACUGCCAUGUUUAACUGAAUAUAUGGUAUGUGAUAUCGGUAUCUGGCACCCCAACAUUGAAUUUUUCAUACCUGAGACAAUCGUGUAUUCAUCAUACCGCUUAACGAGCUAUAUUUGCCACCUCAUUCAAACUCCUCCAUGUUUUACAUACGCAGCAGUAUUUUGGUACGAUUCAUGUGAAGAGGUUGCUGUUUUAAUGACCAUGGUGAAAUUGUACAUAUAAAUGAUCGGACCGAAGCAUCUUGCCCUGAAGAUGGCAAUGCUAUUAUGAAUCUGUGUGUGUGCACAUGAUAACAUAUAGCGUUGUUUUUCUGUAUCCAUCUAGCUCUGGUAGCCAACAAUCGUGAUACAAUACAUCUUUUUCCUAAUAGGUCAUCCAAUUUUGGUGUCACAAAACAUCCAAUUCCAGUAGAAUCAUUCCCUGUGCAUAUUAUGUACUGUGUACGACAUCUAGAGAAUGGUAGCGUAUUCACUGCGAUAUUCAUGGUGACAAAUCUAUUUCAUAGAAUUCGAAUGUGGUAGUUACGUCAAAGCAGAAAUGAGAUUUCUCAAUGUAUAUUUGCACAAAUCAGAGUAAGUCAGCAAUGAAUCUUGGGAAAAGCGUGCGUCAUAUCCGGUUGCCCUUUGACCUGAUGUUGUCCAUGGUCUCCACGCUCAUCCAUCACGAGCAAGAAUGUAUGUUGUGCGAGUGUGGGUGCGUGUUUGUACAAAUCCCAGGGUGUUUUCUCAUGUUUUUCUGCCAUAAGUACUUAUCCGAAAUAUACAUCUUAUUCAGGCAAGAUGGAGUAUUCAGUCAUAUCAAGUACCACUUUUGAUUGAUAUUUGGGUAUAUCUAUAUGCUCAUAGAAAAGGAAUACUUGUAUGAUGUAACCAAAUAUUUAUUAUAAUGAUAUUCAUACAUCAAUGUAAUACACAAUACCUAAUUUGCUCCUGUCUCUGAUAACAGAAUUUUAGCAUUCUGAUAGAAAACAGACGAUUUGAAAUAACCCUGUAAAGAGAAACGUGAAUAUGUAGUGUCAAUGUAAAAGGUGUGGCGUGGAUGUUUUUCUCGGUCAGAGGUAGACUUUCUGUCGUAAAACCAUCUGAUAAACCGAUCACUGGUAGUUCUGACAAUCUAAGUUUACAUCCGAUAAAAUGAAUGUCUUUAGGCAAACUCAGC